AUGCAUACAGAUGUGGUGCUGCUCAGCAUCCUCCUCUGGAUGGUCGGGGUGUCUGGGCACUGGCGCCCCAGAGGGCAACAUCUGCGUGCUUAUAGAGAGGUCAGAUUAACAGAAGAUACGUCUCCAACAGAAAGACCCAGUCACAAGAUUGGCGGUAUGCACCCAAAAGGUUCCUUCAUAUGUCCUCAGUUCUUCCCCACCAUCACAUACAGAGAUGUAAAUGAGAAGUUAGUGGCUCUAUGUAAACAGCUGCAUCCUGUUUUUCUAGGGCCUGCUGUCCCAGUUGGAGUGGACGUUCAGGUAGAAAGCCUGGAUGCUAUUUCAGAGGUUGAUAUGGAUUUCACUAUGACCUUGUACCUGAGGCACUACUGGAAAGAUGAUCGUCUGUCCUUUAAAAGCAACACCAACCAGAGCAUGACCUUCGAUGGUCGCCUGGUGAAGAAGAUAUGGGUCCCUGACAUGUUCUUUGUCCACUCCAAGAGGUCUUUUACACAUGACACCACCACCGACAACGUCAUGCUGCGCGUUUACCCCGAUGGCAAAGUUCUUUACAGUCUCAGAGUAACAGUCACAGCCAUGUGCAACAUGGACCUUAGUCGCUUUCCUCUCGACACACAAACAUGUUCAUUGGAGAUUGAGAGCUAUGCAUACACAGAUGAUGACCUGUUACUGUACUGGAAGGAGGGGAACAAGUCUUUAAACACGGAUGAGAAAAUCUCUCUCUCUCAGUUCCUCAUCCAGGAGUUUCAUACGACUACAAAGCUGGCCUUUUACAGCAGCACAGGCUGGUACAAUCGUUUGUACAUUAACUUCACGCUCCGGCGGCACAUCUUUUUCUUCCUGCUGCAGACAUACUUUCCUGCCACUUUAAUGGUCAUGCUGUCCUGGGUGUCCUUCUGGAUCGACCGCAGGGCUGUUCCCGCCAGAGUGCCCCUCGGUAUAACUACUGUGCUAACCAUGUCCACCAUCAUCACCGGAGUAAAUGCCUCCAUGCCCAGGGUGUCUUACAUCAAAGCUGUGGACGUCUAUCUGUGGAUCAGCUUCGUCUUCGUGUUUCUGUCCGUCAUAGAAUAUGCUGCAGUCAACUACCUGUCCACUCUACAGGAGCGCAAGGAAAGGAAACUGCGUGAGAAGCUGCCAUGUACUUGCGGCAUAGCUCACCCUGGCAUGAUGUCAGCGAGCUACAGCGAGGUGGACGUCAACACCACAGGAAACUACGGCAUGCCGGAGGAGAAUGGAGUAAGAAGACAAAGAAUGCUGGUUGAACUGGCCAUGGAGACGGACCAGGUGACCGGCCAUGUUGGCUCCAGGGCCUACAGCAGCGUCUGGAUUGACACACACGCCAUAGACAAGUACUCCAGGGUCAUCUUUCCUGGGUCAUAUAUCCUCUUCAACAUCAUCUACUGGUCUAUUUACUCUUAA